CGCGUGUUGUUUUUCUGAGCUUCUCCCAACGAUCGCCGAUCCUUUCUUAUCGCGGAAUUAACUAAAACCUCAGCAAAUCAUGAAACUAAAAGGCAAAAAGCAAAUAAAACAGGAACCGGAAGAACUUCAGCAAGUCGUGAAGAUAAAGAAGGAAAAGGGUGUAAAGCAGGAACCGGAAGAUGCGGAGAUGGCCGUAGUGGUUAAGCAGCAGAAGAAGAUAAAACAAAAAUCCGCCCUUGCACUGGACGACGCUUCCAAGCAAGUGAAGAAAAAGGAUAAACCGAAGAAAAACAAGGCACUGGCCGAGGAAAAGGCCACUCUCGUGCUCGCCGAAACGACGCAAUCUGCAGUACCGACGAAAGGAAAGAAGGCUAAAAAGGCGGGCAGCAAGCUUAAGGAUGCCAUCAAGGAAGAGAGCGAUUCGGAUGAACAGGUGCAGAUUACAAAAAAACAGAAAAAGAUAAAGGUUAAGACACAGGAAGCGUCCGAACCGGAGAAGAAACCGAAAGCGUCCAAGGCGAUUCCGGAUGAUGAGGAAGUGGAGACGUCGGAAAGUGAAACCGAAGACGAGGAGGAGAACGCGGAGGAAUCGUCCUCUGGAGUAGCCAUCAAGAGUGAAGAGACUAAAGCCGUGCCGAAAGGUCCCGAGCAUGCCAUUUUUAUUGGAAACCUGCCACCUACCAUAAACCAGAACAAAGUGAAAUCGUUGUUCAAACCGUAUGGCACUAUCUUGUCGGUGCGCUUCCGCACGAACGAAGGUGGCAAGAUACCGCGCCGGAAGGAUAUGAAGAAGCUGAAAUCGUUGAUCUGCUACAUUCGCUUUUCGUCGAAAAGCGAAAUGCAGCAAGCGUGUACGAUGGAUGGGCAGCUCGUGGAGGAGAACCGCAUUCGCGUUUGUCCCCAAAAGCAGAAGCAAAUGGGAGCGAUCAACUCGACGGUGUUCGUCGGCAACAUAAGUAUCUCUACAACCGAUAACGAGCUGUACGACUUCUUCAGUGGCGUCGGAGAGAUCGAGUACGUGCGACAAAUCGCAAACAAAGGUGUGGCGUUUGUUUGCUUCAAGAAGGGCGUAUCUAUUAAGAAAGCGCUCAAACUCAACCAGCAGCCGCUCAACGGGCGAGCGCUGCGUAUCAUGGAAGUCGAUCCGAAUCGUACCAACGUCAAGACGAACAAGAAGGGCAAUCCGGUGAAAAGGGUUCGAUUACCGAAAUCGGUAUUGAUGAGGAAGAAGCCAGGAUCGUCGGGCCAGGAUCAGGCUAGCACGAAGAACGAAGGAACGAAUGAAUUCCACGGAAAGGUGGUCGCUGAUGCCGGGGCGAAGAAAAAGAAGAAAGGUGGCUUUGGAAAGAAGAACAACAACGCCAAGAUCAUCGCACAGAAACUGAAAGCGGCGGCAAAGGUAGCAGCAAAGUAACGCCGGUCAACGGACCCGUUAUCUCUUCAAUUUAUUAAAUAAAUCAAACUACAA